UACCCUGAUCCGUUACCUGAAGCAGACGGGUCGGAUCUCUCUGGGUCCCCUCCGCCUCUCCACCCUCACCCUCUCUGACGGCCUGCCCACCCUCGCCACCCUGCAGUUACACUGCUGCUCCGCCCUGGAGAACACACUCAGCGGACAGGAGGUACACACACACACACACACACACACCAAACACCACACGGAGGUACACACACACACACACACACACACGCACCUGGAGGUACACACCACGGAGAUACACACACACACACACACACACACACACACUGCUGGAGAACACACUCAGCGGACAGGAGGUACACACACACCACACACACACACACACACUGCUGGAGAACACACUCAGUGGACAGGAGGUACACACACACACACACACACACACACACACACACCCUCGCCACCCUGCAGUUAAACUGCUGGAGAACACACUCAGCGGACAGGGGGUACACUACAUGACCAAAAGUAUGUGAACACCUGGUCGUCAAACAGCUCAUUCCGAAAUCAUGGGCAUUAAUAUGGAGUUGGUCCCCCUUUUGCUGCUAUAACAGCCUCCACUCUUCUGGGAAGGCUUUCCACUAGAUGUUGGAACAUUGCUGUGGGGACUUGCUUCCAUUCAGCCACAAGCGCAUUAGUGAGGUCAGGCACUGAUGUUGGGCGAUUAGGCCUGGCUCGCAGUCGGUGUUCAAAUUCAUCCCAAAGGUGUUCGAUGGGGUUGAGGUCAGGGCUCUGUGCAGGCCAGUCAAGUUCUUCCACACUGAUCUCAACAAACCAUUUCUGUAUGGAUCGCGCUUUGUGCACGGGGGCAUUGUCAUGCUGAAACAGGAAAGGGCCUUCCCCAAACUGUUGCCACAAAGUUGGAAGCACAGAAUUGUGUAUGGUGAUCUUAGGCUUGUGUGCAGCUGCAUUUCAUGAAGCUCCCUUCAAACGGUUGUUGUGCUGACGUUGCUUCCAGAGGCAGUUUGGAACUCUGUAGUGAUUGUUGCAACCGAGGACAGACGAUUUUUACGCGCUUCAGCACUCUGCGGUCCCAUUCUGUGAGCUUGUGUGGCCUACCACUUUGUGGCUGAGCCAUGUUGUCUCCUAGACGUUUCCACUUCACAAUAACAGCACUUACAGUUGACUGGGGCAGCUCUAGCAGGGCAGAAAUUAGAUGAACUGACUUGUUGGAAAGGUGGCAUCCUAUGACGGUGCCACGUUGAAAGUCACUGUACGGGCCGUACGGGCCGUUCUACUACCAAUGUUUGUCUAUGGAGAUUGCAUGGCUGUGCGCUCGAUUUAUACACCUGUCAGAUUCAACAACUGAGACAUAAACUGAACAAGUUCCACAGACAUGUGACUAACAUAAAUUGAAUAAUGUGUCCCUGAACAAAGGGUGGGUCAAAAUCAAAAGUAACAGUCAGUAUCUGGUGUGGCCACCAGCUGCAUUAAGUACUGCUGCAUUAGUGCAUCUCCUCCUCAUGGACUGCACCAGAUUUGCCAGUUCUUGCUGUGAGAUGUUACCCCACUCUUCCACCAAGGCACCUGCAAGUUCCCAGACAUUUCUGGGGGUAAUGGCCCUAGCCCGUUGUUGCCAGUGAUGUCUGGUGAGGACCUGCCUUAAAACAGGCCUACAAGCCCUCAGUCCAGCCUCUCUCAGCCUAUUGCAGACAGUCUGAGCACUGAUGUUUUUUUGCUGAGUUUGUUUAUAUAUAUAUACACACACCCCCUAACCCCUCCUCCUCUCCAGGACUGUCUGAUCCCCCUGUACAGUGAAGCGCUCAGCACCUGUAAACAACAGGAUGUCCAGCCGUGGCUCCACGCGCUGAGAUACACCAUCUACCAGAGACAACUACUGCUCAAGCUCAAAGGUACACAACGUGUGUGUCCCUGUGUGUGUGUCCCUGUGUGUGUAUGUGUGUGUGUGUAUGUGUGUGUCUCUUAGACUCUGUGCUUUAUAUCCAUCUGUAUUUAUUUCAGUGGGUGUGUGGGGUCCCCGUUGGUGGGGUCCCCAUCAUGUGACUCACGUUAACCCUCUCUCGCUUCCUGUGCUCCAUUACCCAGGCUCCUCUGCUCCGCUGGACAGCCACCUGAUGGAACUGUGUCUGACGGCCGUCAAGUUCGCCCGGAAACAGGGCAACAUCGCCCUGGCAACGCGGCUGCUGGGCCAGUGCAGCGAGGAGGAGGAGGGAGGAGAGGAUGGGUUGAGCCGUGCGUUUAGGCGUCUGACACUAGAGGGAGUUGUGGGGGAGAAGUGGGGACCUGAACUACAGAUCGAGAAGGCGAAAGUACUCUGCACUGCGGGUGAGUGAGUGUGUGUGUGAGUGUGUGUGUGUACGUACGUACGUGGUGUGUUUAUGUUUGCUGACUCAUCUUCUCUCCUCUAUCCCCUUGAGGAAGAAAAAAAAGGGACGGGAAAAAAGAGAAAAGAAAAAAAGUCCCCUGAGAAAGAAAAAAGAGAAGGGAAGAAAGAAAGAAAAAAAGGAGGAAGAAGAAAACCCAAAAAAGAAACGGAAUCCUCCCCCGACAUGGUCUCUCUCCUCCUCUUCUCCUCCUAUCCCUCCUCCCCUCCCUCUCUCAGCUCCCUCUCUCUCUUCCACUUCUCCUCUCCCCCUACCCUUUUCUUUCUUCCUCCUCUCCCCCUCCAGGUCAGUCCAUGGCAGCCAUGGAGAUGUUGAGUUCUUAUGCUGUGUCUUACUGUCGCUCAGGGAAGUGUGAGCGCGCCGCCUGUCGCUCCGUCCUCACUCUGUGUAAGUAGUGGUUCCAGUACCUCCCAAAUGGCACCCUAUUCCCUACAUAGUGCGCUACUUUAGACCAGAGCCAAAUGGCACCCUAUUCGCUAUAUAGUGCUCUUAUUUGGGGGAGAAGAGUGCCAUUUGAGAUGCAGGCGUACCAGGGUUGGUACCUGUCUCUCUGUCCUGUGCAUACAGGGUAAUUGGUGCAUGUUACUGCAAUCUCAGGGCCCUCCCAUGUGUAUUUUUGGCACAGCCCUGUUCUAACCGUCUGUGUCUGUAGGUAAGUGGCUGCUGGCGGACUGGAAGGACAUGACCCCUCAGCUCAAACAGGUGGUGAAGAGGUCAGGGGUCGCUGUCUUGCCCCCCCUCAGCCGGAACAUCACAGCCCUGCUGGAGCUACCCCUAGAGGAUCAGGGCAUGCCCCGAAUCACAGCUGAGACCACAGGUAGGACACACCCCCUAAACCCUCUCUGCCUCCGUAGUGAGUGUGGGUGUAGAAGAACCAGACUUGAUCCUGGGGAAGCUCUACCAGUCUGUACCCUAACCCCUACACACUAACCCCUCUCUCUCUCUGCCUCCGUAGUGAGUGUGGGUGUAGAAGAACCAGACUUGAUCCUGGGGAAGCUCUACCAGUCUGUACCCUAACCCCUACACACUAACCCCUCUCUCUCUCUGCCUCCGUAGUGAGUGUGGGUGUAGGAGAACCAGACUUGAUCCUUGGGCAGCUCUACCAGUCUGUACCCUAACCCCUACACACUAACCCCUCUCUCUCUCUGCCUCCGUAGUGAGUGUGGGUGUAGGAGAACCAGACUUGAUCCUUGGGCAGCUCUACCAGUUGUCCACCAGUCAGGCCCCGGAGGUGGCCAAGUCCUGGGCGGCUCUCGCCAGCUGGGCCUAUCGCUGGGGACGGAAGGUGGUUGACAACGCC